AUGCUGCCGUACCUGUUCCCUGAGCUGUCCACCUUUGCUACAGUCGCCGAUCUUAUCACCCACCUUCGCACUAGUGAUGCUCGCCUGCUCACCCGUCUCCCUGACACCCUCAGCUCAGUUCGAGACCACUUCCUUGCUCGCUGUCCCACUGAGCUCACAGUCGCCCUCCUAGAGGAGCAGCUGCUAGCGGCCGAAAAGAGCAUUGUAGCUGUCGGUGCUGCUCGUGGCGCUCCUCGCACCCCCAUCUUUGAGGGGUGUUCUCCCUCUCCCCUCGCUCCCUCCUACGCUACUGCUGCUGCUGUUGACUUCCUUGGUGCUGAGUCUGCUGGCGCUGCUUCUGCUCCUGGUGGGAGGCGCCGCACCGGCAAGGGCAAGGGGGGCAAGGGUGGCGGGGGUGGCGCUGGGGGGGGAGGAGGUGGGGGAGGUGGGGGGGGAGGCGGUGCUGGAGGGAGCGGUGGCGGGAGCGCUGGUGGGAGUGGGGUCGGCGGUGGAGGCGGGGGCGGGGGCGGCGGAGGAAGCAGUGGCAGUAGUGGCGGCGGUGGCGGUGGUGGCGGUGGUGGCGGUGGCGGUCGGAGCGGUGGUAGUGGUGGCGGCGGAGACGUGUGGGAGGUUCCACACCCCGUACCGCUGCUUCUCCCACCUUGA